CAUAAACGAAACGGUGUAGUCAAAAAAUCAAUCCGGAUAACAGAGCGUGAAAGAAACCAGACACACUCAGCAUUGCGCAAAGAUAACAUUGUUGGUGUUGUUCGAUCUUUGGCUGUGAUGAAAGAACAUGCUCAAUCUGCAGGUAUUGAAGACUAUCCUGAUACAGUGGUCGAUACUCAGGAGGAUAUCUUGGAGGUAAUAUCUUUUUCAAAUGUAAUAAAAUUUAUGACUGAGGUUUUAUAUCGGCGUGAAGUUACUCAAAAAUUGUCAGCAUUUCAGACAUUUGAAGAAUUUCAUACCUGCAUGGAAGCUAAAGAUAGGCGUUUGAAAGCUUUUUUUGAUAAACUUGUAUUAUCAGCAAAUUUGUCACAAAAAAAGCGUGAAUCGUAUCCUAAAAUUAUGUCCCAGUUGCUACUCGUUU